UAAUACGUUGGCGGAAUUUUUGUCACGCUGGCGCUACUGUACUCCCUGGGCAGCGCUCUCUCAGAGAGGAAAAGUGAUUGAAAUGCAGCGCUGGAUAUGCAGCUUCCACAUGACUCAUCACAUGACUUGGCCGACAUCACGUGCUUAUGGACGGCAGCGCCUUGUGUUGUUGCCCAAAAUGCAUCUUCGUCUCAUCACACUCCUGUCUUUCCUAGCCUAUGCGUCAAGAGGUGUUCUGGCAACAUGUGGAUAUGAAGCAUGUCCAUCCACAGUUCCAGGGAUGCUGAAUGUUCAUCUCGUGCCCCAUACUCACGAUGAUGUUGGAUGGCUCAAGACAGUUGACCAGUACUACUAUGGCGCCAAGAACAAAAUCCAGAAUGCUGCUGUGCAGUACAUCCUUGAUACAGUCACAAGAGAGUUGGCCAACGACCCUGUCAAACGUUUCAGCUAUGUGGAGACGGCAUUUUUUGAACGAUGGUGGAAUGAGCAGACGGACAAGACCAAAGCAUUGGUUAAACAGCUUGUUAAUGAAGGUCGCUUGGAGUUUGUCAAUGGUGGUUGGUGCAUGAAUGAUGAAGCGACUACCCACUACAACGCUAUCAUCGACCAAAUGACCAUCGGCUUGAAGUUCCUCAAGGACAACUUUGGGGACUGUGGCAAGCCAUUAACAGCCUGGCAGAUAGACCCCUUCGGCCAUUCCAGGGAAUAUGCAUCCCUGGCUGCACAGAUGGGAUUCGACAGCCUUUACUUUGCUCGCCUGGACUACUUGGAUAAGAGAGAGAGAGCCUCCACGCAGACCAUGGAACGUGUGUGGCACACCUCUCCCAGCCUGGGCAGGGCAUCUGACCUGUUCUUCGGAGCCUUGUUCUUCCACUACGGACCGCCCCCAGGGUUUUGCUUCGAUGUCUUCUGCAGUGACCCUCCAAUUAUGGAUGACCCGGAUUUAGUUGACUACAAUGUUGAUGACAGAGUGUCUAAGUUUGUCUUACUUGCUAAAGUACAGAAUUCUGUCUAUGGUACCAAUCACAUCAUGUUCACCAUGGGCUCUGACUUCCAGUACAGUGACGCUCACACUUGGUACAAAAACUUGGACAAACUCAUAAAAUAUGUCAACUUAAAGCAAAAUGAAACCAAUGUACAUGCAUUCUACUCCACUCCGUCAUGCUACACGCAUAGCUUGAACCAAGUGACCAAGACGUGGUCUACCAAGUCAGACGAUUUCUUCCCCUAUGCGGACCAACCCCAUGCCUUCUGGACGGGUUACUUCACGAGUCGUCCCGCUCUCAAGGGAUACGUGAGAGAUACAAAUAACUUCCUACAGGUUUGUAAGCAGUUGGAAGUGUGGGGCUCAAUGCUACCUGGCCUUAAACUGAAGACCAGCUCCAGCACUCUGAGAAAGUCAAUGGGCGUUGCUCAGCAUCAUGAUGCUGUAUCAGGGACAGAGAAGCAACACGUGGCCGAUGACUAUGCUGAGAGGUUGUACAAGGGGCGUGCUCAGUGCCAGGAGCUCGUCGGUGAUGUACUGGGAAACCUAAUGCAAAAGAAUGCUACUGUCAAGCCACCUCAAGCGGUGUUCUGUGACUAUCUCAACAUCAGCGUGUGCCCUGUCACCGUAGACAAUCAACAGUUUACAAUAACGGCUUAUAACCCAAUCGCACGCCAAGUCACGACAGUGGUCAGAAUACCAGUGAAAGGGAACUACAGUAUUACCGGUCCUAACGGGAAGAUGGUGACCACCCAGUUGCAAGAUGUGAGCGAGGGUACGAAGCAAGCAAGGCGGAAUCGUGGCAACGCACCCAAGGAGCUUCUCUUCCCGAUCACAUUACCUCCUCUUGGGUUUAGUACCUACAUUGCCAAUAGCCUGCCUGGUGCUGGUUCCCCGCCGUCCAAUGUCCAGUAUAAAGUAUUCACACCUAAAGCUGAUGAGACUGUUGAAAACCAGUUCCUGAGUCUGACGUUUGACGGCUCGACUGGCCUCCUGAAAUCCAUGACAGACAAGAAGUCUGGAAGAUCCAUGUCUGUCAGGCAAUCUUUCUACUGGUAUACCAGCAGUGUAGGCACCGAGCAAGAUUCCCAGAAAUCUGGUGCCUACAUCUUCAGGCCUGCCAAGCAGACGCCCCAGGACUUAUUCAAUGGCACCUCUGUUGGCUUGAAAGUUGUGAAGGGGCCAGUUGCUGUUGAGGUACGACAGCAGUUCCAGCCAUGGCUGAGUCAGGUUAUCAGACUGUACAAUGCCAAGGAGUUCGCUGAGUUUGAGUGGACGGUUGGCCCUAUCCCAAUCAGAGAUCAUCUAGGCAAGGAAAUCAUCACCAGGUUCGACACUGACUUGAAGACCAAUAGAACUUUCUACACUGAUGCCAAUGGCAGGCAAAUCCUUGAGAGAAUCCGUGACCAUCGGGCUGAUUGGCAGUAUAGCAACACGGAGCCGGUAUCUGGUAACUACUACCCUAUCAACAGCAGGGCAUUUAUCAAGGAUCCUAAGAUGCAACUGACGGUGAUGACUGACAGGUCUCAGGGUGGAAGCAGUGUCCAAGAUGGGUCAUUGGAAAUCAUGAUCCACCGACGCACUCUAGCUGAUGACAAUCGUGGAGUGGGCGAGCCACUCAACGAGACCGGUCAGUUUGGAGACGGACUUAUCAUCCGUGGCAAGCACUGCGUCCUCCUCACGUCUGUCAACAAAGCAGCUGUGGCUCACAGGAUUCUCGGAGAACAGCUGUAUAUGGCACCCUCACUGUCAUUCACCAAAGGGGUACAAGACUGGGCCACCAAGUUCAACACUAUGGAAUCUAUGGUGUCACGGGCUCUUCCCUCUAACAUCCAUCUACUCACCUUGGAACGUUGGACGGACAGCUCUAUCUUGAUCCGAGCAGAAAACCAAUUUGCUGUGGCUGAAGAUCCAGUGCUGUCCCAAAAAGUGAAAUUUGAACUGAAGGGUUUGUUUGAGCCAUUCGGCAUCACCAGUCUGAAAGAGAUGACACUGGCAGCAAAUGAGGCUCUGGCUGACGAGAAACGCCUACAGUGGAAUAUAACGGACAGUCCAUACCCAACACCCCCACCCAUCAAGCCUGUACCAGUGCCCCCUUCGACACUGAGUGUGUCCCUCGAUCCCAUGGAGAUACGGACCUUCAUUGCUACCGUAAAAAGGACCAAUGAAUAAUAGUUUUAGCCCGAGUAGUUUUUCAAGGUCCUGCAAGUAUUGACUGCUACAAGUGGUAGAGUAAACUAAUCUCCUUGCAUUGAUACAGAAUAAUCAACUUUCCUUACUUCUGCCUUGACUUUAGGAGACUAAUGUAGUUUUACUAUGCCACAAACAAGCAAUAUUUGUUUUAUAACAUUUCACAGGUAGGGAUGUUUUACUUAUUACAGAAAUCUAAUUCAAAAAUGCACAUCUUGAAAUUUAUAGUAGCUUAAAAUCCGUUUGAUCUUUAACAAAACUACCUCCAGCAAUAUUGCAUCAUAUAGUUAUAUAGCGUAGCAUAGUGUAAGUGUUCAAAAUGGACAUGUGCUCAUGUUUAAGCAUGUUGUUAGGUGUUGCAACAACAUCUAUCCCACAGCUGACGCCAUUUUCCCUCUGAGACUCAUGUACAACACCAUAUAGAGGCUUACAUGCAAUUAGAGCAAACAGAUAGGGAGUUGCCUAGGGUCCAAGGUGGCUGUAUGUUUUUCUAAGGUUGUGCUAGGUUAUCCUGUAAUUAUGGACGAGCUGAUGAUGAUCUUCCAGCAUUUAGCCCAUAUUUAAUUCCAACACUUCGAUCAAAGUUUCAAUAAAAGUGAAAUCAUCCCUAAAACCAGGGUUUACAGAAAAAGUUGAAAUAUUUGUAAAAGAACUGUGACUGAAAUUAUUUUCUAAGGAGUUUGCAUAUGCAAAAUUGGGAUUAUUUGUAUUUUUAAUUCUAUGAAAAGAAGUCAGUUGCUAUGUUAAAACUGGAAAGUAUCAAAGGGGUGACAUUUAUUAGCAGUUGUGGUGAUGAUAGCAGGUUUUGCAGUUUUGAUAAAAAGUUAAUUUUCAACUGGUAUAAUGGUAAAUAGUUAACCUGAGCAAAAUAUUUAAAAUAUUUUACUCUGUUCUUAAAUAUCUUCCUGUAUGGCCGAUUUGUGGUCGAAAUAAUCUAUUAUACAUGUAGUUUAGAUGUCUGAUACUUAUAUCUGGAUGUGACUGUCAAAAUCUGUUGUUAAAUGUGACAGAGGUUUACUGAAUUUAUUUUGUUACAUAUAUGUACAUGUACGUGGGUAAUUCUUAAUGAAGUUUCAAUUUAAGUGCAUUUGCCGAACCUGAACCAAUUUGUAGCUGAUUCAAGGGAAUGAUACUAUUAAUAAAGAUAUGCAGUGUUAUCUUGGACAAAUAACAGUACCGGUAUGUGUAAUUAAACCAUGGUAGAAGGAACACUCUGGAUGUUACUGCAUGAAAAAAAUAACAGUUUUGCGUGUGAUUUAAAAUGUCUUGCUAAGUUUUCCUUGUGGUCAUAUAGUUUCUUGAAGAAGCCGGGUUGCUUGAUGUCCAAAUUCUGUUACGUGGAGGCAGGUUUCACUUCCUAAUCCAGCAAUAUCUUGCAGCAUUGUACAUGAUUCCAAGACCGUGCACUAAUGCUUAUUGUCUUCACGGAGCCCAGGACUUGAGCUCAAUUUACCGUGGACAAGUGAAUGAAAGGUGCAACUCAAGACUGAUUUGGAUUUGUUGAAAUUCGGAUGUGGUCGUGGAAAGAUCUACAGUAGAUCUGAAGGUCUCAUAUUUUCAGCAUUUGAAUCGAAUACUGUGAAAUCUAAUCUGAGAAUAAUUUCUUUGUUUCUAUUCCUUGAAUUUUUUUAUUAAAAGUGAUAAGGUCUCCGAAAUUCUCUACUA